CAACUAAAUCACUAUUGUAAUAUUGUCCCAAAAUAUAUUACAACAGCUGAAACGAGUGAAAGCAAUGUCAAUUCGCCAUUUCCUAUUCUCUAUUGCUUUUAUUAGUUUCUUAUCCUCAUCCGACGCUGGAGACUUGUCAGAUGAGUGUGUGUACAGCCUAUACGUACAAACCGGAACAUACAUAACGGCCGGGACCGACUCAAAAGUCGGCGUCACAUUGGGCGACAGGACCGGAAAGGAAGUACAGGUGCCGGAGCUCCGGCGGUGGGGCUUAAUGGGACGGGAUCACGACUACUUUGAGGGUGGUAAUCUGGAUAUCUUCUCCGGCAGAGGCCCCUGUCUCCGGCCGCCGGUGUGCAGGCUUAACGUCACCUCCGACGGGUCCGGCCACCGCCCUGGAUGGUACUGCCAGUUUAUUGAGGUGACUUUCACCGGGCCUCGCAAGGAAUGUAGCCAGUCCACCUUUUACGUCGACCAGUGGCUCGUCGCCGGUGACUUAACGGCCAUUCUUGAUGGAUGUGGCCGGCGGGAUGUUACUUCCACGCCUCUAGUUGUGCGGAAGCCCAUCUAUAUUGGCUCUGCAGCCUCUGCUUUUCAGUGAUAUGUAAUUACGGAGUUUGUAUUUAGUAAUUACGGAGCAAAACAAUAAAGAAGUUCCAAUUUAGGAUUUAGUGUUGAUUUAUUCCCUAAAUGGGAGUUUUUAAAUUUUAAGUUGACUAUCGGUUGUCUAAAUUGAUUGGUACCAGAUUUACCCUUUCCAUUUAAUAAUUACAGAGUAUAUCUUUCUUAAA